CUCCCUUCUGCACUCAUUCGAAAGAACGGGCAGAAAGUUUAGUGCUGGAAUUUGUUAGAGAAAGAAAAAACAAUAAUAAAACGUUUUGCUUUCAUUCCAAACAAAAUUGAAGUGCUAUAAAUAAGAAUCCAAGCCGGCUGUGUAGGAAAACCCUUUCGGAUCAAGCGAAUUGUGCAAAAAUCGUCUGAUAUUAGAGAAAUUGUAAAUUGGUGUGUGGCUGGUUGCAUAAAAGUGACCUGCCUACACGAUGGAAGACAUCACCAAAAACAUAAUCUUCACAAAUGCUAUCAACGGGCAACCGGCCACAAUCCAAUAUCAAACAGCAGACGGCACAAUUCUGAAGCAGCCGAAAAUAGAGGGUCAAAAAACGGAGCAGCAGCCAACAUUUUACUAUACAACAAAUGGCAAUGGAGGUACUGUAAAUCUCGCACAGCUGGCUACCUCCGAGGACAACAAGACUUGCUACAUAGCCCAGCCUGUGGGCGGGUAUAACUAUGCUCUGGUCAACGGAAUGCCCCUCAAUCAGGGCACUGCUCUGGGCAUAGCCACAGUGGAUGCCCAGGGACGCAUACAAAUCGUCAACCAGAACAAGCCGAUAGCAGCGAAUACCAUAUCCAACAUCAGCUUUAAGUGCGACGUCUGCUCCGACAUGUUUCCACACCUGGCCCUGCUCAACGCCCACAAGCGGAUGCACACCGAGGGUGAGCAGCAACAGCAGCAGCACAAUUCCCAGCAGGGAGGCGACUCCAUUGCUGUGGUGAAUGCCCAGGGCAUGGUGCAGGCGCAGAACAUCAUCAACAACGGGCAGAUGGGUCAAAUACAAAUCGUGGCGUCCGAUACGCUGGAUCCGGUACAGCAGUCUGUGAUGCAGCAACAGCAGCACGAUUCCAAGGCCAACAAGUGCAUCACUUGCGGAACUUCCAUGCUGCCGCAGUCCAAACGAAAGGGUCCAAAGCAGGUCCGAUGCGAGUCCUGCAUGCAGGCGGAACAGGCGGCCCAGCAGCAGCAACUUUUCGUGGCGCAGGAUGGUCAAAUGGCGCAUCCCGUGCAGAUCAUAUCAACCACACCACAGGCUCAGGCGCAGCUCCAGCAAAUUGUAGCCUCACAGACGGGUGGCACGACACCCAAGCGUGAGCCAAAUACCGGAACAGGGCACCAUCCAGUGAAAAAGCGCAACUCCCAGCAGAUGACCAAGUGCCAAAAGUGCAAUGGCUCUGGCGUUGUGCUGGUCGGGCAACAUUCGCACGGCACCGGAGCCGGUGGCUCGGUCAAGUCGUCCGUCACCGUCAAAACCGAGUGUUCGUCAUGCAGGAAUCCUUCGAAACCCUUCAGCUGUAAUAUUUGUGGUGGUCUAUUCUCACGCUACUCGAGUCUGUGGUCUCACAAGAAGCUUCACAGCGGCGAAAAGAACUACAAAUGCAGCAUCUGUGGACUGGCCUUCGCCAAGGCUGUCUAUCUGAAGAACCACGCGCGCAUCCAUACGGGGGAAAAGCCAUACAAAUGCCAAACCUGCGGCAUGCAGUUCUCCCAAUCGCCACAUCUUAAGAAUCACGAGCGGACGCACAGCGGCGAGCGCCCAUACGUGUGUGGAGUUUGCGACAAGGGAUUCGCACGCCAUGCCACGCUCUGGAAUCAUCGGCGUAUUCAUACCGGCGAGAAGCCUUACAAGUGCGAAAUAUGCGGCUCGGCCUUCUCCCAGGCGGCGCAUCUGAAGAACCACGCUAAGGUUCACUCCGGAGAAAAGCCCUACAAGUGCGAAAUCUGCUCGGCGGCAUUUGCCGAUCGCUUUGCGCUGAAACGCCAUCGUGGCAUCCACCAGAAGUACGGCCAGACGGCGCCCCGCCAGCCCGGAGCGGAUGGAAUGAUAGUGCAUAAGCAGGAGAUCCCCGAUAUGGAUGACGAAGCCCAGCAGGAGGUGAUUAUCGGUGGAUUAUAGAUA